AUGUUCAAUGGCGCAUCCUACCCCGUCACCUUGCUCGAAGAGGCACCCCAUACCGAACUGCUAUGCUACACCCGCGCAAAGUCCGGAUCGGCCACGACCUCGGACUCGACCCUGACCCCGCGUCGACUGGAACGGUUUGCCGACGUCUCGCACAAGGCGACGCUCAAACCCUCGUCCAACCUCGACCGCGUCAGCCAAGCACUACGUGAACAACGGUCCGUCGCGGAACAGGAGAGGCAAGGGAAAAGGUUAG